CCAGCUAAUUUCUCAUGGUUGUCCAUCCAAAUCGGGUUCAGACACCGGGGGAUGAAUGUUGAAUUUGAAUCCUACUCGCUCCACUCAAGCCUAAGAAGCAAGAGCAUGUGCCUGUUUACUCCUUUCCAGCUUCCCGAUUGCGAACAAAUGAUCAGAUUUAAAUUGGCAGUCGCCAUUUGUGUACAUCAAUCAUUCAGUUGAGACCUUUUUGCCCCUUUUUUUUUCCUCGGCAUGGAUGGUCCUCUCUUCCCAUUUGCUGGAAAAAAAAGGCCCGCCGGAGUUGGGCAUACAGAAUUCCGGCGGCGGCGCACUCUUUUCUGUUGCCAUGGUGCAAUGAGUGUGCUCCACUUCGGUUGAGGGCUGAGGUGAGACCUGAUCAGGCGAAGCCGAUCGACCAGCCUGGCUCGGGAAGGAGAAAACAAAACUUGGUGGACUAAUAUGCAAAUGUACCCUUAAACCACUUCUCCAACGCGAUGUCCGCCGCCGCGGGAGAAACUCCGGUGGUCGAUGAGGCUCCGCCGCCGCGGGCGCUCUACUCCUUUGGGACGCCAUGGACGGAGCUCAACGAAGGCCUCUCCUACACCGACACGUUCCGAUGCGCUGAUGCGGACGCCGCCGCCACCUUGAUUGAGUUCUACUCUACUAACUACAAGAGCUCCGCGCCAUUGCCAGGGUGGAUCAAGAGAAUUCGUAAUGGGCAGGCUUCGUUUUGUUUGCAGAUAACCGUUGAUGGUGAAGUUGUCACUGAUCCAGAUAUGACUCUCAGGGAUGAUUCUAAGUUGGUUUAUCAUCGCCUCCCGUGGCAGGAGCCAUUUGCGCCAUAUUUGCUGGAAGUGCUUUAUGAGGAUGAUGACAUGGUUGCCCUUAAUAAGCCUUCUGGUUUGCAAGUUCUUCCUAAAGGACUCUUCCAACAGCGCACUGUUUUAGCACAGCUUCAACUGAAGGACUGGAAGAUGACCUCAUCAUGCCGCUCAAAGAAAAAAGAUGUGCAGUCACAUCCAGUACCUGUUCAUCGAUUAGGAAGGGGCACAUCAGGCCUCCUGCUUUGUGCCAAGACAAAGAUUGCCAAAGUUCGACUUGCAUCUUAUUUCGCUGAAGGCGCUAUAAAUGCUGGAAAUAAAAGGGAUAAAACAGAGUUCGGUAAAGAACGAAAAAUUUCAAAAUUUUAUCGAGCAUUAGUGACUGGCAUAAUUGAGAAUGAUGAGGUUGUGGUUACCCAACCCAUAGGGUUAGUUCAUUAUCCUGGAGUUGCAGAGGGACUUUAUGCAGCAUGUUCCUCAGGAAAACCAGCAAUGAGCAAAGUAUGCGUUCUUGAGAGACUUCCAUGCCAAAAUAAGACAAUGGUCCAGGUCCAAAUUCAUUCAGGACGACCACACCAAAUUCGGAUACACCUUGCAUACAUUGGGCACCCUCUUGUAGAUGAUCCUCUCUAUGCUAUUGGUGGGCACCCCAAAAUUGAUGAGCCAGAAUCUACUGGCAGAGAUAGUUCUUUUGCACAUGAUGGAGGUUAUGAGAGGCCUUUACGACCUAUUCCUGGAGACUGUGGGUACCACCUACAUGCACAUUGGCUGGUUCUUUGCCAUCCAACAACAAAUAAGAUGGUGAAAAUCACUGCUCCUCUGCCACAAAUUCUACAGACUCGAGAGGAACGCCAUGCUACCGCUGAGCAAGUCGGUGGUUGAACUUGUAAACAUUUUUUUAGAAUCUUUGCAUGCAUUUUGGUUGAACUUAGCAUUCAGCAAUUGCCCUCAGGCUUUACACCUCUAGUGUACACCUUGUUUUUAAGGAAAUACCUCUGGGGUACACUAUUGACUAUACAACAAUGCCAACAAGCGAAAAACUUUUGGCUCUA